GAGAGAGAGCUGAGAAUAAUCUGUCUGCGACGUGUCCGGCUGUUUGACAGCAGCUUCCUGUUGUCGAGCUAGCAGCGAGCUUAGUGACGGACGCUGUUUUUAAGGAGCUUUGACGUUUGGAGCUGGAUUCUUGUUCCUCAAGUAUCUCAACAGCAUCCAGACUGUGUUCACCUGACGCUCACAUGUCAUCCUGGGUAAAUACCCGGCUCUAACUUCACCCAGUGAAACCUCAGGCUGUUGUGAUGUCAGAGUCUAAACCCCCUACUCCAACCCCUGGAGAUACGUACAAGGGUUGGCUCUUCAAGUGGACCAACUACAUUAAAGGUUACCAGAGACGCUGGUUUGUUUUGAGCAAUGGAUUGUUGUCCUACUAUAGGACCCAGGCAGAGAUGGGUCACACAUGCCGAGGCACCAUCAACUUGGCCACAGCCAAUAUUGCUGUGGAAGACUCGUGCAAUUUUGUCAUUUCCAACGGAGGUGCCCAGACCUACCACUUGAAGGCCAACUCAGAAGUAGAGCGCCAGCGAUGGAUCACUGCUCUGGAACUCGCCAAGGCAAAGGCGGUCGACAUGCAGGCUAAUUCUGAUGACUCGGGUGACGAGUGUCCUGCAGUGCCCCCCACCUCAGGACAGGGUGGGGGCUGCCGUAACUCAGAAGUCCAGUCCACACUACGCACACUCAACAGCAAGGUGGAAGACCUCACCACCUGCAACGAUCUCAUUGUGAAGCAUGGGUCUGCCCUCCAAAGGUCUUUGUCAGAACUGGAGGCGAUUCGUGUUGGAGGAGACAUGGGGGAGAAGAUCAGACAAGUGACAGAAAGAGCUACAUUGUUCAGAAUCACCUCUAACGCCAUGAUCAAUGCAUGUAGAGACUUCCUCUCACUGGCCCAGACCCACAGUAAGCGCUGGCAGAAGGCCUUACAGGUAGAAAGAGACCAGAGGAUACGGCUGGAGGAGACUCUGGAGCAGCUCGCCAAACAACACAACCACUUAGAAAGAGCUUUCAGAGGAGCUACAGUUCUCCCAUCUUCAUUCAGCAAUCCCGCCUUAGGCUCCAAAGGUGGUGCUUCAGGAAAAGGUGAUGCCAGUGAUGAGGAUGAUGACAAUGAGUUUUUUGAUGCUAUGGAAGACCCAGCAGAGUUUAUCACUGUCCCUGCUGACCCCAAGUAUCACAAGAGGUCUGGCAGCAAUGUUAGCGGGCUCAGCAGUGAGAUUGGAAUGGACGAUCAGUCGGUAAAUUUUGAUGAACUGUCUUUGGCGUCCAAUCCAGAGUCUCCACAGCCUCUUGAGCUUGAACCAGUUAGACAAAGACGGACUCGUAUCCCAGACAAGCCCAAUUAUUACCUCAACCUCUGGAGCAUCAUGAAGAAUUGUAUUGGAAAGGAGCUUUCAAAGAUACCAAUGCCUGUGAAUUUCAACGAGCCCCUCUCAAUGCUGCAACGUCUAUCUGAAGACCUGGAGUACUACGAGCUGCUGGAUAAGGCUGCAAAAUGUCAGAGCUCUCUGGAGCAGAUGUGUUAUGUGGCCGCUUUCACAGUGUCUUCCUACUCCACCACUGUCCACCGCACAGGAAAACCCUUCAAUCCUCUGCUGGGAGAAACCUUUGAGCUUGAUCGAUUAAGAGAAUGCGGCUACCGCUCACUCUGUGAACAGGUGAGCCACCACCCACCUGCUGCAGCUCAUCAUGCCUUCUCUGAAAAGGGCUGGAGCCUCAGACAAGAAAUUACGCUGGCCAGCAAGUUUAGAGGAAAAUAUCUAUCUAUCAUGCCUUUAGGCUCUAUCCAGUGUUUAUUUGACAAGAGCAACAAUCACUACUCCUGGAAAAAAGUGACUACAACAGUACACAACAUCAUUGUUGGAAAAUUGUGGAUUGACCAGUCAGGAGAGAUAGAUGUGGUGAACCACAGGACAGGAGAUCGCUGCCACCUCAAGUUUGCUCCUUACAGUUACUUCUCCAGAGAUGUACCAAGAAAGGUAACAGGAGUAGUAACGGAUAAGGAAGGGAAAGCCCAUUAUGUGCUAUCAGGAACCUGGGAUGAGAAGAUGGAGUUUUCCAGGGUAAUGCAGAGCAGUAAAGGUGAGAACGGCACUGAAGGCAAACAGAGGACCGUCUAUCAGACCCUCAAAGCCAAAGAAAUCUGGACAAAGAACCCUUUGCCAGAGGGAGCAGACAACAUGUAUUUCUUCUCCUCACUGGCCUUGACGCUCAAUGAACCUGAAGAUGGAGUAGCACCAACAGACAGUCGACGACGCCCUGACCAGCGGUUAAUGGAGGACGGCCGCUGGGAUGAGGCUAACGCAGAGAAACAGAGGCUAGAAGAGAAACAGCGCACCACCCGUCGAGAGAGGGAGAGGGAAGCUGUUAAAGCAGCCAGCUCACCCGAGGAAGCUGUCACUGAGGAUUCAAUCAAUGAUUCACCCUUGAAAACUGAAGCAGGGGAGACUGGCACAGAAGCAAGUGAGGUUUCUGAUGAAACUGACACAGAGGACUCUCCUCCUCAUACACCUGUUGCAUCCUCUCAUGGACCAUCGCAUCCCCAUUACCUAAUGGAAGGCAAAGAAGGUUCUAAUGGAGCUCAAAUCAAAAGCGCCCAUCAAGACAACUACCAAGCACUGUGGUUUGAGAAGUUAGACGACCCCGUAUCCGGAGAGGUCUUGCAUGUCUACAAGGGAGGUUACUGGGAGGCAAAGGACCAAGGCAGCUGGGACAUCUGCCCCGACAUCUUCUGAUCCCGGACGAGUCUGCCUGUUUUCCUUUUGCGGUGUACAAAUGAGAAGACACUAAGAGGUGACCUACAUUACAUCAGCUAAGGUGGAGAAUCAACCUUCCUUCAUCGCUCACAGCUUCAUCUGAUCACUCCACUCAGCUCCCCUUUUCAGCAGUGAUUUGCUCAGGACUAAGGGCAUCUGGAUUGAUUAGUUUUCACCAAACACUGAUAUUUAUCUUGGUCUCGGUCCACUGCUUUUUAUUUGUUUCUUUGGUACAGGCGUUGAUUUGAAUUUGGCAACAGUUUAUUCUGGUAUAAUCAUUUAUGCAUUUUCUUUAAAUGGACUAUUGUCUAAGGCACAAUUCAUCCACACAACAUCUUACAAUAUAUAAAUAAGGUUUGCUUAAGACAUAGAGUGACCUACUAUGUAACAUAUAAUGUAUGUGUUUGUUUUUGCUGUGCAUUCCUGAUUAUGAUUAUUUAACAUUGAAUUUACUGGACGUUCCCCACCACAGCAAGUUAAAUUAUACCCAACAUUUUUAACCAUUCACUUGAGUUUCAGACCACAGCAUAGAUUUAUGAGCUUCAGUGGUUCUGAGAAAAGAAACAACUUUUCCUUAAGGAAGUAAUCAAUGGCAUUUUUAGUUAUUUCUGGACUGGUAUAAAAUCUUUGCCUUUGAAUUUCAUGUGAUUUGCGGUGCUACUUUAUUCCCUGAAGUUAAAUAACAACUAUAUCUACAUAUUAACCUUUUUUCUUUAAUUUUUUGCACUCCAUUAGGUCAAUUUAAAAUCUGUUUGUGAUUUUUUUUUUUUUUUUCUCCCAAUAUUCCUCCAAUCCCCCUGUGAACUACGUGUUAGUGGUGAAAAGACAUGACAUGACAGUAGUUAAUUUAGAUUAUACACUCCUCAUAUAUAUGUUUGGUCAUCAUAGGAAUCCAUAAUUGUGGGAAUAAAAUAGCUACAAACUUCCAUAUAUAAGCAUUUAUUCACUACUUUUUUCACGCUUUAAGAAUGACUUUAUUAUUGUUUUUUUUAUUCAAGAAGAAUAAUGACCUCUGUGUGUAGCACACUUAUUUUAAUAGAAUGUUUGUUUUUUUAUUUAAUAUGAUAACAUAUUUAAUACUAUCUGAAUUUAAAUAGUGGUACUGAACAAAUUCAUAAAAGUACCAAUGAAAAUAUGAAGCAUGAAAGCACCAAUGGCAGUACUGCCAGCAAUUUGGGGAAACACUCAUUCAGAAGUCUCUUUUUGUUUUUCCUUGUUUGUUUCACACUGAAUUUCACACCAGUUUUGAGUUCUUGGUAAAUUACAUGUUGAAUCUGUGAAAAAUCUAUUAUGCUUCGGGAGACACCUAACCUAUUGAACGAUGAGGCAGUGUCACAUAUGUAGGGUGGGUGGAGGAUGCAUUUCUUAAAUUUGUAAAGUGGGAGCGCUUACAAGAAACUGGGUGUUAAGUUUCUCGUAAAAAAAUGUAGCUGUUGGUUGUUCAGAGCAAGAGCCUUGUAAGGUGUACUUAUAUUGUGUAUAAGAUUGACUCUAAUCCACUUGUUUUAAAUGAAAUGUGUCCGUUUUGAUUCUCCACUCAUGUACACUUUUCAGACUUGUAUUUUAAUACCUAAAGUUUGUGCUCUUACUAAUACUUUGAUCAACCAAGUCUUCAAUUCUGCUUUCAAAGUAAAUGUUGAUGUUCACCAUCUGAACAUCUGAGAAGCUGUACUUCAAAUUGUCACUGAGCUGUGUGCUGAUUUCUACUGUCUUGAUUAAUAGUGAAGGGAUGUGUGAGGCAGAAGUGUUUUUGUCCUCCUGGUUUCCUUCAAAUGUAUUGAUCAUAGCUUUAAUCUUGAUUUUAGGUCAUUUGAGUGAUUUCGUGUGCUGCGAGUGUAGAUUUUUAACAGACAGCAAUAAGAGUGCCUCAGUGCGUGCACACGUGGCACAAAAUGAAACGCGUGAAGUGAGAACUAAAACUGCAAAAACUGAAUUCUGCCGUUUGAGUGAAAGGACUGUGUGCUUGAUGAAAACUCUAAAUUUCAUUUUAUAUUCAAGUGUACUUAAAAGGAGAACACUGAAAAUGAAGAUCACAAAAUGUUGCAAAUAUUAUGUAAAUAUAUUAAAUAGUGAGUUAGUAACUGUGAGUUUAAGUGGUUAUAUUGAUAGAGAAUCUAAUGGUGGUGAUGCACUUUUUUUUGUUCCUCAGAACUGGAUGCAUUUUCAUUGUGAGCUGAGUGUACCAUCUCUAUUUUAAAUGAUUUGUUUUGGUUUGAACCAUUUCUUACUAUGAAUUACUGUUGCUUUACACAUCAUUUGAACAGAUGAAGAAGUGUAUGUGUUUGUCUGUGUCUGUGUGAGAGUAAUGUACAAACACUACAUCGCUGAAAUUACAGAAUGAGUCCAGAUGUUUUUGUUUGUCCUGACAUUUUCAACAUAUAUAUAUAAGUCUCUGCCCUGCACUGUGCAGAUUGUCACUAUGCACAAAUGCCACAACUUCGAACAAUUGACUGGAGGUGUUUUUGCACUGACACACAUCAUUCAUUAUUUUUCAUGCCCCGCUUGAUUUGUCUGAUCAGCCGCUCAUGUUGGCUACUGAAGAGUUUGUCAUCUUGUGCAUUUGUUUUGAAAUCUUUUCCUCAACCAUGAUUGUUCAUUAGUUUAAAAUGUAUUUAUUCAAGAGCAUACAUUUUCUCCUUUUCUGUCCUUCAAUACAGUGUUUUGUUUUGUUUUUUUAGCAGGAUUGGUUUAGAGGUUGACAACAUUAAAGUCUGAAUGGAGAUGAAA